UGUUUUGCGGAGCCCUUAUGACCUUAAAAUGGCUUGUGAAAUCAGCCUAGUAAUGUUGUUUCAUGCAGUACCAACUGUUCUCAAAGCCUUGAAUUUAUUUUGUGCGGUCGUGAUCUAUGCCUUCAUAAUUUAUAUACCUUGAGUUAAUGUUAUGACUCUGUUAUGAUUACAUUAGCGUAAUACUAUUGUAGAUAUGGGAUGCCUUUUUUCUAUUCAGUUGAAAUCCAGAACACCAGGACUCAGAUUGUUCUUCUCAUCCCAUGUCAAGAUCAUCUGACUUAUGGUCUAUUGCUAUAAAUAUUGGAGCUUGGGGAAAAUCACACUAGGCUGAGUUCCUAUGUCUUUGUAUUCAGUCCCACAAUGCAAACUUGCAGUGUAAACCAUUUCAGUUACCAUGAUAUGGCCUUAUGUGCCAUGAACUGCCUGUCAUUACUAAGGAGUGCCAUUUUUCAUUAAGCUGGUAAAGCCCUUGUGAAGUUUAUUGUUCCUGGAUGGUUGGAUGCACAGUGAUAUGGAAUGGUGAAAGCUGUCAGUAUUUGUAGGUAUUUUAUACUGCUUGUGCUGUGCACUCAGCAUAUUGCGCUUCCAGAAGGAAGUAUUCUGAUGAACUAAGCAUUUAUAAAGGUCAUCAUGGUCAUGCCCCAGCAACUGGUGCUACUGCUGGUUGUGGCUGGCAUGCAGAUACAAGAGAGCCUGGCCAUCUGGUGUUAUCAGUGCGUGAGCACACACCCGGGCUGCGGGGAAGACUUUUCGCCCCAACUCUACUGGAGCAUCUCCUGCCCUACUCCGUGGGAUGUCUGUGUGAAGGUCACAGAAAAGAAGGGGGCGGACACGCUCAUCACGCGCGACUGCCUGAGCGUGCUGCAGUGGAAUCGGCGAGACGUGCCGGCCGAUCACUACGAGGGCUGCCGCAGGGCCGCCGACGACCCGCGGCUCGGCCUCUAUACGUUCAACAGCCUGAAGGAGCUGGACACCAAGCGGGACUACUACGACUCGGUGGAAUACUGCUUCUGUCAGUAUGACGAGCAGUGUAACACGGCCUCAACAGUGUCCGCUUCCGUGGCCGCCCUCCUGCUGCUGGCCGCGCUCCCGAGGCUGUUCUGAUGGCGUCCGCUCCGGUGCUUGCGACCUCCCCCUGUUGAACAUCAUCCUACAGAGACUUAUGGUGGCCGCCGUCCCAUUGCCGGUGCCAGGCUGCUGCGACGAUCUGGAAUGCGGUCGAUAACAUUCUUUGCCCGUAGAGUCGUGAUACUGGGGCCCUUUAGUGCGCUUUGGGAUACACAUUCCAAUGAUCUGCCAUGUUCGUUAACACGAAGAGAGGCUGCUUAAAAACUAUGCGAAUUAGUUGUCCACCACAGUUCUGCUGGUCGUCAUGUUUGAACGGCAUGAGGCUUGUGCCGGGUGCGAUAUCUGUUCCAUCCAUCCGCAGUAUCUUCGGCUGCCGUUGUCAUGGCAGGAGCUGGUGUGUCGGAUCAUUCACUUGGUUGUGUAUUUGGACGUGUUUUUACGGUCCUCUGCCUGUUUUGAAAUAUCACAAUUUCUUCCUGUCCUUAGGUAAACCGUUUUUGACCAGCUAUAUGCCGUGUUCGGUUGUUGAUAGCUGGAGAAUCGCUUGUGUCCGUCCACAUGGUGGCAUAUAUCAUGUAGAAUCUCACCGUGUAUUUUUGUACCUGCGCGGUCAUACAAACUGUAGCCCAACGGUGUUCACUGCACACAUACUCAUAAAAUAAAGAAUAUUCGCA